GGCAGCAAUUUGCUUGCCUUCUCUCCAACACACACAACAACACCGACUAGCCCGCCAUGCUGCGCAACACCCUCAUCGCAGCUUCUCACGCAGCCAGUGCAACGUCAGUUACAUCGUCGCGCUUCUGCGGCUACAUCGUAUCUCGCACCUCUUCCUCCUCGUCGAGUUCAGCGAAUGGCGGCUCCCCAUCUCGAUCAAGCCGCCUUCCUCGGUCGAAUCGCGCACAUAGUCGCUCUAAAGUCAUCACCCACAACAUCUUCAGACAAGCAGGCGUAGAUGUCGCCGCGGCAGACCGCGUCCGCGAGGCUUCGGUGGCAGAGGGGCGCCAGCCUGAACCGGGGGAGCAAGGAUGGAAGAGGAGUGCGAUAGGUUGGAAGGCAAGGAGGGGGGAUAUGAGAAGGCGACCGAGACCAAAGUCCGGUGUACCUGAUGAGCAGAGGAGGGGGUAUGCGACAGAAGCUCGCUCAGCCGGAGAAAUGGCGCCUCGCCGGAACCCUGGCGAGAUUAGGCCAGGCGACCUGGUCCAGUACCCAAGCGUCGAAGGUUACGUCUAUGGCCUCGCUCUCCCCUCUCAUCCCGACCCGCACCUAUUCCGCACCCGCCAAUUCUUUGCCAUCAGCUCGCAUGGGAGCAUUUCCCUCCUCUCGCAAUCAGCCGUCGUGCUCCACCUGCCUGGAUUACUGCCUUGCCAAGGGGAAGAGGGGGAGAAAGCCACGAUUAGAGCAGAGGAGGUGGCGCUGCUACUCGAGGAAGCAACGGGAUUGACACCUAGUGACGAGAUUGCUGCAGCUUGCGAAAAAAUCGUGGGACUAGACUCGCGAAGAGCAAGGGCGCGCAUGGCUUCACGCCUUCGGCGAGUGGUUAAGGAAGUCGAGGAUGAGUUGGAGGAUCUUCGCCGGCGCCUUGCGCACCUGAUGGCGUCUACGCGCCUCCUGGAGAAGGAUGAGGUCACAGUUGACGAGGUGGCUACCGCCCUGCAUGGCUCCAGCUCCGUGCCUACCUCGGUCCUUAUCGCAACGCACAACCUUCUGCACAGCAUGCCUCGCUAUUUUGUGCAUCUCCUCCCUGCCAAGGCGUACAAGAUGGCGCAAAGCUAUGCCGUCAGGCCACAGAGGGAGCGUGACAAUGUGGACACAGUUGCAGCUUGGCGUCUCGCUUCCGACUCGCCCAUCGACACGUUCGUUCUUGCAGUCAAGGAAGGCAAGGCAUCGCCCCCUUGGAGUGAGGACCAUCAAACCAUCCUCGCCUUCCUUCUCAACUCGCUCAGCUCCGGUUCAGAAGGCCAGGAAGACAUCUACGCACCCGUAGUGGACGACGUGCUCAAGCGAUGCGACCGCCUCGUGACUGCGGACCCUGCUCCGGUAGGCACAGGGGGAGGAGCGAGCUGGAUUGGCGUAGAGUACAGUAGAGAGCGCAGACAUGCGGCCGUCAUUGCUUUGCUGGAAGACAUCGGGGCCUUCCAGCGCGGAGAGACGGACUGGAGUUUGGCAUCAGCACGAAGUCGGCGAUGGCUGGAAGCAUAUGGUCGACCUGUCGAUGAAGUGAAGGUGAAGGAGACCCCGACAGCGGACCGGGAUGCGGAUUUGCGGCGAGCUGUCCACUCGCCCGUCUACGUGAUCGACGAUGCAACGGCGCACGAGCUCGAUGACGGGAUCAGUAUGGAGCGCAUGGCCGAGGGUGACGACGUCUGGGUGCACAUUCACAUCGCCGACCCUACUUCGCACCUCACACCUGAAUCCUACCCUGCUCAAGAAGCGCGCAAGAGGGGCAGCACUCUCUACCUGUCCAACGGGUCUGCCAUUCCCAUGUUCCCGCCCCACUCCACACGAGGGAUAGAUGAGGCGGAUGAACAGGGCAUCAGACGGGCGGUUACGUUCAGUGCGAGGAUCAGCUUGCAAGGCAAGGGAGAAGUGCUAGAGACCAAAAUCGGGCUGAGCGACUUGAGAGGCGAGGUGCGCAAAAUCACCUACGAUGCGGUUGAUGCCGGAGAGUGCGGGGAGGGCAAGGAGGAUCUGGAAACGCUGAGGCAGGUGGCCGGUCUGCUCAGCGAUGCCCGUGAGAGGAGCGGAGCGCUGAGCAUCAAUCAGAUUGAGAGUCGACUGGCUGGCAGUACCGCUGCCGGCGCUACUGCCCCCGUCCUCAUCACGGACGAGUCAGCGAAGAGCAACGCAGCCCUUCAAUCAUCACCUCAGCUCCUCAUUGGCACCAACUCUGCUGCAUCACCCUCACGCUCCCUCGUAGCAGAGCACAUGAUCCUAGCCGGCCGAAUAGCGGCCGACUUCCUCUGGCGUCAGCAAGGCGGCCUCGCAGCGCUGUACCGCUCUCAGACCUUCCCUCGCGAAGUCGGCGAGGAAUGGAAGGAGGCGCUUCGUCGCCACAAGGGUGGGGUAGGCAGAGGCGACGUCCUGAAGAUGGGAGUCGCAAUGCCCUCUGCCGUUUCGCGCAGCACGCCGGAAGAGCACGUGACGAUGGGCAUCUCCUCAUCACCUUCGUCCACCGGGACGGACAAGCUGGAGGGAAGUGGCUACUUGCGCGUUACGUCCCCCCUAAGGCGGUACGAGGACGUACUGGCUCACUGGCAGAUCAAGGCAGCUCUUCGUCGCGAAGCUGGCGAAACGGUGGGGCCUGCCUUUAGCCUGGAAGAGCUGGACAAAGACGUCCCCGAGCUGGCUCGUCGCUCUGAGACGGUUCAGUCCAUCUCGCGCGGCUCGGAGGAUUGGCAGCGAUAUCGUGCUUUGAGGCUCGCAUUCGAGUCCAAUUCCGACGAGGACGGCGAUAUACAGCCAUCCUCUGAGCGGGAGGGGUGGCUUCCUGUGACUCCCACCUCGCUGCGUAAGCCCCUCAAGGCUUAUGUGCUGGACGGGUCCCUCCAGCUAGACGGGCUGGCCCUGCAGUGCACUACGAAGGUUGCCCUGCCUGGGUUGGGAGGGAGGAUGAGGGGGGAGUGCAUUUGGCCCGUUGACGCGGCGAUCCAAGGCGGGCGAGGAGCGGGCGGCUUGGGAAGGCCAACGAUGGGCCAGGAGGUUGACGUUGAGAUUGUGGGCGUGAGGGAGAAUAUUGAUCGUGGUGGAUUGGUGGCGGUCAGGCCCGUGCAGAGGCCGGCUGCAGCAUGAGAGGAGGAUGGGAGGAGAGGACUACUCUUCAUUGGAUCCUGUCAAGAAAUGCUUCCUCAUGCACCCGUGCAAAAUCACACGACGUCCGAGCGUCGACAAGGCAAAUGAAAUCGGGCCUGCCUUU